GGUGGAAUCCUCAGCGGUGAAGGUGGCGAAGAAACCAAAGGCAUGCUUUUGCUCGAUGUUAUUCCACUGAGUUUGGGUAUUGAAACUGUUGGCGGUGUCAUGACAAAAUUGAUUCCAAGAAACACUGUGAUUUCCACCAAGAAGUCUCAGACAUUUACCACUUACCAAGACCAGCAAACCACGGUCUCUAUCAAGGUAUAUGAAGGUGAAAGAAGCUUGACUAAGGAUUGUCGCGAGCUCGGAAAAUUUGAUCUUUCUCGCAUUCCACCUGCUCCAAGGGGAAUUCCUCAGAUUGAGGUCACCUUUGAGGUUGAUGCCGAUGGCAUCCUACAUGUAACAGCCGAGGACAAGGCGGCGAAGAAGUCACAAUCCAUUACCAUCACCAAUGAAAAGGGGCGUCUCAGCCAGGAAGAGAUUGAGAAGAUGGUGAAAGAAGCUGAAGAAUUCGCCGAAGAGGAUAAGAAGUUGAGGGAAAAGAUUGAUUCCAGGAACAAGCUAGAGACCUACAUUUACAACAUGAAGAACAUGGUAAACGACAAGGACAAGCUCACGGACAAGAUGAAAUCGAGCGACAAGGAGAAGAUAGAGAGGGCAUUGAAGGAGGCUCUUGAAUGGCUGGACGACAACCAAAACGCGGAGAAGGAAGACUAUGAUGAGAAGCUGAAAGAAGUAGAAGCGAUUUGCAAUCCUGUUAUAAAGCAGGUUUAUGAUAAGAGUGGUGGAAGUUCUGCUUCUUCAGACGAGGAAGAACCAAAUGAUGAGUUUAUGAUAAGAGUGGUGGAAGUUCUGCUUCUUCAGACGAGGAAGAACCACAUGAUGAGUU